GGGCUGGGGGACACCAUGGCCUUGCGGUGGUGGUGGCGGUGGCGGUGCGGCGCGUCCUCCCGCCCGGCGCCGCCGCUCGGCUCCCUGCCGCGCCUCCGCCCGCCGGGGCACGGUGCCCGCGGCCCGCCGGGCCCCAGCGCGGGGGUGUGUCACUUCACCCAAAGAAGCUCAAAGUUGUCGUUUCCAAAAAUCUGUAAUAUAUUCUGGCAGUUUCAUCAUACAAGUACAUCUCACUUGUGCAGCUGCAGUGAGACAGUUAGUGAUGAAAAAUACCAAGACCCUUUUCAACUUGGUAGAAAAGACUUGAAGAAUCUCUAUGAAGAUAUUAAAAAGGAAUUACUUGUAUCUACAGCAGAGCUUAAGGAAAUGUGUGAAUAUUACUUUGAUGGGAAAGGAAAAGCCUUUCGACCAAUGAUUGUGGUGCUAAUGGCAAGGGCUUGCAACAUUCACCAUAAUAAUUCCAGGGAGGUGCAGGCAAGCCAGCGCUCUGUGGCCAUAAUUGCUGAGAUGAUCCACACAGCCAGCCUGGUUCAUGAUGAUGUUAUUGAUGAUGCAAAUUCUCGCAGAGGGAAAAUGACAGUCAAUCAAAUCUGGGGAGAAAGGAAGGCUGUUCUAGCUGGUGACUUCAUCCUCUCAGCUGCUUCCGUAGCUUUAGCCCGAAUUGGAAACACUACUAUCAUCUCUGUUCUAACUCAGGUGAUUGAAGAUCUGGUGCGUGGUGAAUUCCUCCAGCUGGGUUCCAAGGAAAAUGAGAACGAGAGAUUUGCUCACUACCUCGAGAAGACUUUUAAGAAGACGGCGAGUCUGAUAGCAAACAGUUGUAAAGCAGUUUCAAUUCUAGGCUGCCCUGAUCCCAAAGUUCACGAGAUUGCAUACCAGUAUGGAAAAAACGUUGGCAUAGCUUUCCAGCUAAUAGACGAUGUGCUGGAUUUUACGUCGUGUGCCGACCGUCUGGGGAAACCAGCAGCAGCAGAUCUCAAGCUUGGAUUAGCCACAGGCCCCGUGUUGUUUGCUUGUCAACAGUUUCCAGAAAUGAAUGCUAUGAUCAUGAGACGGUUCAGUAAGCCAGGAGACGUUGAACGUGCUCGGAAAUACGUGUUGCAGAGUGACGGCGUGCAGCAGACCACCUACCUCGCCCAGCGCUACUGCCACGCGGCCACGCGUGAGAUCCGCAAGCUGCGGCCGUCCCCGGAGAGGGAAGCGCUCGUGCAGCUGACCCAGAUGGUGCUCCUGCGAGACAAGUGACACAACUUCCUUCCACGCCCCUGGCAGCUACUUACCAGACUGUGCCUAAAUUAACUUCAAACGUUCUUUGCUUCCAACGCAGGCUACCAAAAACUUAUUUUUUUAAACAACAACUCCAUUUUUGUUGAAGUUCUGCCUUUUUUUUUAAAGAGAAGUUUCAAGUGUUUUAUGGUGGGAGGCCAUACAAUUCAGAGCAAAUCACACCGUGCUGUAUGGUUG